AUGGUUCCAGUGUAUGCGACCAUGUCAUUCUUCGCGCUGGCUUUUAGCGAGUACGCGAUGUAUUUCAACACUAUCCGAGACGUGUACGAGGCAUGGGUGAUCUACAACUUCCUGUCGCUGUGUCUGGCGUGGGUGGGGGGUCCUGGAGUGGUCGUGACGUCUCUCGCUGGUCGCGUGCUCAAGCCGUCCAUCGUUCUCGGCACCUGCUGUCUGCCUCCCAUGCCGCUCGACGGCCGAUUCAUCCGGCGCUGCAAACAAGGCUGCCUGCAGUUCGUGUUCCUCAAGCCCAUCCUGGCCGCACUUUCCCUCAUCCUCUACUCGUACGGGCUGUACAACGACGGCAACUUCAGCGCGUUUGACUCGUAUCUGUACAUCACGUGCGUGUACAUGAUCUCCUACUCCAUCGCCAUCUACGCGCUCAUCCUCUUCUACGUCGCCUGCAAGGACCUCCUCAACUCCUUCAACCCCAUCCCCAAGUUUCUCAUGAUCAAGGCGGUUGUCUUCCUCACCUACUGGCAGGGGGUCAUCAUCUUCCUCAUCGCCCAUUUCACAGCCAGCCCAGAGGGAGCAGCGGACCUGCAAAACGUGAUCAUCUGCUGCGAGAUGGCGCUAGGAGCCAUCGGCUUUAUGAUCGCAUUCCCCGUCAAACCCUACAUGGUCGCGAACGUGGGCACGUCAGGGGCAGGGCCGAUGGAUUUCCAGGGGUUCGGGCUCGCAGGGCUGGGUCUGGCGAAUAUGACCGAGGAGCAGAGGGGCGCGCUGAUCUCUGCGUUUAAGCAUUCUGUCAAUAUGGGGGAUGUUGUGAGCGACACGGUUCACCAGUUCGCCCCCACGUACCAUGACUAUGUGCUGUACAGCGAUGGGUCGCAGGACAAGCCGCAGCACUACCGCACCCGCACCUUCGUUCCAGCAGGCAAGGAGAUGGAGAAUGCGCGUAGCAUGAGGCAAACCUUCAGCUCGGGCCGCACGGGACUCCUCACAGCCGAAGCCACCGCGUCAGAGCGCCGCUUUGCCAACCUCUUCGCCUCCAUCACUCCUGGCGCUGCUGCUGGCGCCGGUGGUGCUGCUACAGCUGCUGCUACAGGUGCUGUUGCUAUCCUGGAAUCUCCCACGGGAGAAUCCUCGAGCUCGUACGACCCUCCGGUUAAGAAGAUCAAUUCAUCGCUUUCUCGAAGCAGCAGCAAGGGAGGGGAGGGGGCCGGAGUUAGAGGGAUUGGGUCGGAGGGUGAGCCGCUGUCACGGCGGGCGUCGAGCAUCAAUGAGGAGGAGAACUCUCGGUUGAGACGCAGCUCGGGGGCCGCAAGCAAGAAGGAGAACGAGUUUGGGUUUCUGAUGAAUGAGGAUGAUAUGAUUGAGGAGGGAGAUCCUCGACUUGACCUUGAGGGGUUUGUAAGUGGGUAA